CCACCGUGGGGUGGGGUGCCUGGAAGCCCCCUGCUUCAGCACCCCCCUUCCCUGACCAGGUUCUUUGUGAACUUCCCGUCGGCCAAGCAGUACUUCAGCCAGUUCAAGCACAUGGAAGAGGCCCUGGAGAUGGAGCAGAGCCCCCAGCUCCGGAAGCACGCUUGCCGGGUCAUGGGGGCCCUCAACACGGUCGUGGAGAACCUGCAUGACCCCGACAAGGUGUCCUCCGUGCUGGCCCUGGUGGGCAAAGCCCACGCCCUCAAGCACAAGGUGGAGCCUGUGUACUUCAAGAUCCUCUCCGGGGUCAUCCUGGAGGUGGUCUCCGAGGAGUUCGCCAACGACUUCCCACCGGAGACACAGAGAGCCUGGGCCAAGCUGCGCGGGCUCAUCUACAGCCACGUGACUGCCGCCUACACGGAAGUGGGCUGGCUUCAGCAGGUCCCCAACGCCACCAUNCCACCGGCCACAGUGCCCUCCUCAGGGCCGUAGGACCCCCGGCCACCUCCCACCCUCCCUGGCAUCACCUUGAGCAGAAGGCCGAGUUCUGAAGACCCUCCUUGACCCCCUGGGUGCCAAGGACGCUGGAGGGACCCCUGACUCUACUUCCCGAAGGAGGCCUCGGCCACGGCUGCAGUGCCCAGAGCUGCCAGCGGGUGGCGCCAGCUGCCCAGAUGCUGACCCUGGCGGCCGGCCUGUGGGGUUGGGGGGCCCAUCCUAGCCGAGCUGGGUCCACCCUUCUUAGCUUUUCUAUUUACUGUUAGAGAGAGGCCUAGCUGGGCAGCCGGCGGGGAGCAGGGCGCAGGUCUAGAAGCCGGUCCAGGAAUCAUCCAGCCCCGAGCCUGUCCAUCCGUCCAUCCGUCGGCCCAACCAGCAUGCAAGCCUCAGUAUCAGCUCUCUAGCGUUUCCUGUACACACAUCUACCGUAUAUACAGAUAUAUUCUAUAUACAAUCUCUCUAUAUAAAUAUAUAAUAUAUAUAUAUAUCAAACAAAAACCCAAGCUGGCUGCUCUUACACCCAUUCCAGCUCGUAGGGCAGCGUAGAGCUAGCUGUCCCUCUGCCAUUUUGACAGAAGCCGACGACGGGCCACGGCGUUCUCCCAAGGAGAGGCCUGGUGGUUCACCGCCGAGUGCUUUAACCACCGCGCCCCCUGGGCCUCCUUAACACACACAGACGCACGCACCUAUCUGUGACGUUCAUCUCCAGGGUCUCAGCUCUGAUCACCGGUGGGUGGGCCGAGCACGGAGGGUCCUGGCAAAGGCAGGGAGUCCCCCAUCCAUCGGCACAGAGUGGAUUUGGUCCGGUCCCGGCAGGGUCGGAGGGUUGGGGUGAGUCCAUUAGCUUAUAAAGCCCAGCUCGUUCUAUCUGGCCCCAGCUCCCCACAUUCCUAAGGACCCUGGCCCAAAAAGGAUCUGGUUCACCCACUGGUCCUGCCAUGGGCAAGGGCCGACAGAGGGUCAGAGAGCGGUUCUAAGCAGGAUGGCUGAGCUGGGGUGGAGGUUUCUGGGAAGACACCUUCAAGGUCAGGCAGGCCAACUUUUCCCACUGAGACAGGCCUGGGGGAGGGACCGAUGGGCAGGAGCUUAGAGCGAGGCCCGGAAGACUUCCCUUCCACCUGGAGGGAGGCAGUCGGUCCAGUGCACCCACCUGGAUCCGCCAGGCUGGGGACCCACCCUGUGUGUGCCCCUGGGUCACAUGUGUUGUUUCCAGGCUGUGUUGCUGCGGUGGCUACUGUGCCUGUGUCACCUGUCCCUCCUAGCCGUCCUGUCCUCCUCUUGUACCUUCUGACGUCUGUGAGCAGACCCAGCCGUGCCAUUAAACCGCCGUCCUUCCUGUU